UCCCGAGGAUCUCCGGCAGCGGGACGCGCAGCGCGUUAAAGGGGCACGCCGGAGCGGCGAGCGGACGCUGACGUGGAGUGCUUGAUCAAGUUUGCGCAGGUGUCUUCCCUUUAAACUUUAAAACGACCGACGGACCACGCACUGGUGAAAGAGUAGUGCCGCAUUCUUGCGAAACACAACCACGACGGUGAGAUUUCUCGGCCUCAACAAUGACAAUGGAAGUGCGCCGCAGGCGAGCGAGACUGCAGACCGACGGCAAGCUCAGCGGGAAUUUGGAAUGCGACGCCGACGCGACGGCCGACCGCUCGAGGAUCGUCCAACGAGACGAGGGAGAUGGAGAAGCUGCCUCGGACACUUUGGUGAAAAGUAACAAAACAAAUCGAUCGAAUUCCAUCGAGUCGAAGAAACUUUUGACAAAAGACGCGAUUCGCGCUCGGAUCAGAAUCAGCCUGGAGAUCGACUUGAUAGCGGUGAUCUUGUUAAUCACAGGCAUUUGUACUCGCCUUUAUCGUCUGGAGGAACCACGCAGUAUAGUCUUCGACGAGCUGCAUUACGGCAGGUACGUCGGGUUGUACAUGAAGAAGACAUUCUUCUUCGACUCCCACCCGCCUCUGGGGAAGCAACUGAUCUCCGCGGCGGCAUACCUCGCGGGCUUCGACGGGCAGUUCAAGUUCGACAGGAUCGGCAGUCCUUACGACGAAGCGGUUCCUUUGUACGCGCUACGUCUGAUACCAGCGAUAUGCGGCAGUCUGCUGAUCCCCACGGGAUAUCACCUCGUUCUGGAGCUGGGCCUGAGACAAUGGGCGGCGGCGAUCGGUGGAAUCUUACUGUUACUCGACAAUGCGUUGUUGACGCAAUCGAGGUUCAUCCUGAUGGAAAGUAUCUUGAUGCAAUUCUCGCUGCUUGGUUUGUUGUGUAUCUUGAAGUUUCGCAAGGUCAUGGACCAGCCGACGUCCGUGUCUUGGUGGAUAUGGUUGACGUUAGGCACCGUGAACUUGACGUGUGCGCUGUGCGUAAAGUACGUCGGAUUCUACUCCAUGGUCCUCGCGAUCUUCCUGAUUGCUCGUGAUUAUUGGUCCCUGUUGCCGAGGAGGUCACUGUCGAACAUGGUCUUGUGGCUCCACCUUCUGAUAAGGCUUGUCGUGUUGAUCGUCGUCAUAUCCACCGUGUACUUGAGUAUAUUUUACGUGCACCUAGCGAUACUCUCCAAGGCAGGCCCGCACGACUCGGUGAUGACCAGCGCAUUCCAAGCGAGUCUAGAAGGAGGACUCGCCAGUAUCACGAAGGGCCAGCCUUUGGAGGUGACGCACGGCUCGCAGAUUACCCUCAGACACACGUACGGUAGAGCGUGCUGGCUGCAUAGCCACAGCCACAUGUAUCCGUUGCGCUAUCCUGAUGGCCGCGGCAGCUCUCAUCAGCAACAGGUCACGUGUUACUCAUUCAAGGACGUCAACAACUGGUGGAUCGUGAAGAGACCGGACCGAAACGACUUGGUGGUGACGAAACCCAGCGAGCCGAUCCAUCAUGGCGACGUGAUCCAACUGGUGCACGGGAUCACCAGUAGAGCGUUGAACUCCCAUGACGUGGCGGCACCGAUGACGCCGCAGAGCCAAGAAGUGUCCUGUUACAUCGAUUACAAUGUAUCGAUGCCGGCGCAGAACCUCUGGCGCGUAGAAAUCGCAAACCGGGAUCAGUCCGGCGACGCGUGGCAUGCUAUUCAGAGCCAGGUGCGGCUGAUACACAUGCACGUGAACGCGGAGUUCGCGCUCAAAUUCAGCGGCAGGCAGCUGCCCGAUUGGGGCUUCAAUCAACAUGAGGUAGUCGCGGACCGCUUGGCAGAUCAGAGUAACUCAAUCUGGAACGUCGAGGAGCACCGGUACACCAAGAGCGAGGAUCAGAAGCAGCGCGAGCGCGAGCUGAUCAGCGCGGAGAUGAUACCGCUGCAGGUGACUGCUCUGAGCUUCUGGGAGAAGUUCGCGGAACUGCAGGUCAAGAUGCUGUUCAGCGGCCAAGAAGGCCAGAACAGCCACAUGUACUCCAGCGGGCCACUCGAGUGGCCGCUAAUGUCCCGGGGAAUCGCAUACUGGGUGUCCAAUGACAGCAACGCACAAGUACACCUCUUGGGGAACCUUGCGAUUUGGUAUUCCGGCACGACCUCGGUGAUCGUGUACUCUACAUUACUGGUAUUUUAUCUGAUGAGGAGAAGGCGAAAAUGCUUCGACAUCGCUGAGGAGGAAUGGGAAAAGUUCGUUAACAACGCUUACGUAUUGUUAGCCGGAUAUUUUCUUCACUUUUUGCCAUUCUUGUUCGUCGAACGAACUUUGUUUCUGCAUCAUUAUUUGCCGGCUUUUGUUUUUAAAAUUUUGUUAACAGCCGCCACGAUCGACCAUCUGUAUUAUCUGACCGAGUAUAUCCUCGACUCUCAUCGUCCGUGGAGUGUUUUAUUGUACGUCCUCAGAUGCAGCACCUUCGUCUGGGUGCUGUUUGUCAUCUAUGUAUUCAAGAAAUUCAUCGUACUUAGCUACGGGACGUUGGCUCUUAGCGCCAAGGAUGUGAUCAGACUGAGAUGGAAAGAUACCUGGGACUUCAUUGUACAUAAAACAUGAAAGUUCGCCGUAUUCGAAGGUGACAAAAAAACUCAUUGUUACAAGAACAAAAAAUAUUUUUCAUAGAAAUGCUAUGCGUCGUUUAAAUGAAUGAAAUUGACGAAAUUGACGAAUUAACGUGAUUUUAUAACGAAUUAACGUGAUUUUAUAAAGAAAUUUAACGAAUGUUACUGCGUCUAACGUAUGAGAAAAUAUUUUUUUAUAUGAAAAACGAUAAAAGAAUGCCACAAAAAUAGAAAGUAUGUAAAUAUAUAUAGCGAUAAUCUCUUGAUAUCGUAGAGUUAAACAUAAGUGCUCACAUAGAGAGAGACUGACUCUAUUUUAUAAAAUCUUAUGCAUUUAUUUAAUCUUUAAGCUGUGAAAGUGGCAAACAUACUUAAGAAAGUAUAUCGCAACUGUCAUAUAUCUGCAACUAAUAAUUCGAUGUAUAUUUUUUGAAAUUUUUGUUGUAAAUCUCUGGCAAAUCUGAUUAAGAUAUAUAUAUUAUAGAAGUUUUAUCUGUAAUUACUUUAUACAAGUAUCGAAUUUUUUUUUGGGCAACAAAUAAUAUAUAUCCUAAAGAAAAUGAAAAUAUGAGAAAAUGAAUGUGCAAUAUGACAUUUAAUAAAGGCAUUUAGACAGUAAAAUCCAGGUUCUCCUUUCUGUACAAUCGAAGUUGGUACUUGUCGUACGAGUUAAAAGAGAAAAGUUAUUUGUAUAGAAUAAACCGUCUCUC